GGGAGAUAAUGAGAGACAGAGAGAGAUAGAGAUUAAUCAGGAGUGGAGUGAGGAUGCAGAGGGUGACCGAGGACAAUGACAAAAGGGGUGGAGCAAUGGUUGAGGGAUAAGCCAACAGAAACAGAUGGACUAACAUCCCAGACAGGGAGAGAGACCGGAGAGAGACGGGAGAGAGACGGGAGAGAGACCGGAGAGAGACCGGAGAGAGACCGGAGAGAGACGGGAGAGAGACCGGAGAGAGACCGGAGAGAGACCGGAGAGAGACGGGAGAGCUACAGACCUUCACAACAGAAUGCCAAGACGUCCUGAAACUCAGCAGAGCAGCCCCCCUCGGACCCCCACGGCCUCCUCCUGAAGCUCAGACCAGCCCCCCUCGGACCCCCACGGCCUCCUCCUGAAGCUCAGACCAGCCCCCUCGGACCCCCACGGCCUCCUCCUGAAGCUCAGACCAGCCCCCUCGGACCCCAACGGCCUCCUCCUGAAGCUCAGAGCAGCCCCCCUCGGACCCCCACGGCCUCCUCCUGAAGCUCAGCAGACCAGCCCCCUCGGACCCCAACGGCCUCCUCCUGAAGCUCAGACCAGCCCCCAUCGGACCCCCACGGCCUCCUCCUGAAGCUCAGCAGACCAGCCCCCCUCGGACCCCCACGGCCUCCUCCUGAAGCUCAGACCAGCCCCCUCGGACCCCCACGGCCUCCUCCUGAAGCUCAGACCAGCCCCCUCGGACCCCAACGGCCUCCUCCUGAAGCUCAGACCAGCCCCCCUCGGACCCCCACGGCCUCCUCCUGAAGCUCAGACCAGCCCCCUCGGACCCCAACGGCCUCCUCCUGAGACUCUGUUCCAGAGUCCGUCCUCUCGGUAACGUCCUUCCAGCGCUCCGCCUCCUGUCUCCUGACCCCCGGCUCCUCGCCGCGGCCCUGGACCUGUUGAGGAAGACGCAGGGCAGCGGACGUGGCAGGAAGAGGCGGGGGGCCUGCAGCUCCGGGAAGAGGCUUGAGAAGCGGCUCCGCGGAGCCAUGCGGACCGCCAGGCGGGCCAGCAACGUGGAGGUGCCCUCCUUCCUGCGGCAGCUGGCCAAGGAGACCGAGAAGAUGGUCACCUUCUUCUUCAAGGGGGGGCCGCGAGAACGGGACGCGGGCGAGGACCGGGACGCGGACGGGGAGGACGCGGCGCCCAGCCCCUACCUGGACCGGCCCGUCCUGGAGAAGGUGGUGGCGGAGGGGGGGUGCGGGCGGGGCACCAGCUACGCCGUGGCCAGCAUGCAGGGCUGGAGGAGCUCCAUGGAGGACGCUCACACCUGCCUGCCCGCUCUGAAGGCCCCUCUGGCGGCCUGGAGCUACUACGCCGUGUUCGACGGCCACGCCGGCAGCAGCGUGGCCCAGUACUGCUCCAGGAACCUGCUGGACCACAUCCUGGCCUCAGGGGCCCUGCGAGAGGAGGAGGACCCCGAGGAGGUGAAGGAGGGGGUGGGCAGUGCCUUCCUGGCGCUGGACUCCCACAUGCACCAGCUGACCCGGCGGGACGACUGGGAGCGCAGUGGAUCCACGGCGGCAGCCAUCCUGAUCUCGCCGCACCACCUCUACUUCAUCAACUGCGGCGACUCGCGCACCCUGCUGUGCCGCGACGGCGCCGUGGCGUUCUACACCGAGGACCACAAGCCCUGCAACCCGCGGGAGCGCGAGCGCAUCCAGAACGCGGGCGGCUCCGUGACGCUGCAGCGCGUCAACGGCUCGCUGGCCGUGUCCCGCGCCCUCGGGGACUUCACCUUCAAGGAGGUGGGCUGGCGGCCGCAGACGGAGCAGCUGGUGUCCCCGGAGCCCGAGGUGUACGAGAUGGAGCGCAGCGCCGACCGCGACGAGUUCCUCAUCCUCGCCUGCGACGGCGUCUGGGACGCCAUCGGCAACGAGGAGCUGUGCGCCUUCGUGAGGAGCCGGCUGGUGGUCUGCGAGGACCUGAGGGAGAUCUGCUGCCAGGUCCUUGACCUCUGCCUCUACAAGGGAAGCCUGGACAACAUGAGCAUCAUCCUGGUGUGUUUCCCUGGCGCCCCCCAGCUGUCCCAGAAGGCACUGCAGGAGGAGGCGGCGCUGGAGAAACAGAUCGACCUCACAGUGGGCGAGAUCAUCGCGUUGAUCAGGUCCAGGAACGAGGAUCCUGACCUGCUGUACGUCAUCAAGUUCCUGACGGCGGAGAACCUGGAGGGGCUUCCACCAGGGGGCGGGGUCAUCAGCAAGCGUGACUGCAUCAUCGCUGCCUACCAGAAGCACAUCCUGGCUGGGAAGAGCCAGGAGCCAAUGGACGUCGUCCAGGAGGAGCCGGAGAAAGACUCCAGCUCCAGUGAAUGAUCCUGAGGACCUCCACCCUGAGGACCUCUGAGGACCUCCACCAUGAGGACCUCCACCAUGAGGACCUCCACCAUGAGGACCUCCUCCCUGGAGACCUCCACCCUGAGGACCUCUACCCUGAGGACCUCCACCCUUGGGUCCUCCACCAUGAGGACCUCCACCCUCUGAGGACCUCCACCCUGAGGACCGCCACCCUCUAAGCACCUCCACCCUGAGGACCUCCACCCUCUGAGGACCUCUGAGGACCUCUGAGGACCUCCACCAUGAGGACCUCCUCCCUGGAGACCUCCACCCUGAGGACCUCCACCCUGAGGACCUCUACCCUGAGGACCUCCACCCUUGGGUCCUCCACCAUGAGGACCUCCACCCUCUGAGGACCUCCACCCUAAGGACCGCCACCCUCUAAGCACCUCCACCCUGAGGACCUCCACCCUCUGAGGACCUCCACCCUGAGGACCUCCCCCCUCUGAGGACCUCCACCCUGGGGACCUCCACCAUGAGGACCUCCACCCUCUGAGGACCUCCACCCUGAGUACCUCCACCCUGAGGACCUCCACCCUCUGAGGACCUCCACCCUGAGGACCUCCCCCCUCUGAGGACCUCCACCCUGAGGACCUCCACCCUGAGGACCUCCACCCUCUGAGGACCUCCACCCUCUGAGGACCUCCACCCUGAGGACCUCCACUCUCUGAGGACCUCCACCCUCUGAGGGCCUGGUCCCGGUUCUUGGUCUGAGUCGGACCCUGUGUCCUCAGCUCCAGGUUGAGGUCUGCUCAGAGAACCGGCCAAUCACCUCCUGUUCAGAGGGGCUCAGAGAGCGGGUCACUUCCUGUUCAGAGAGGCUCAGAGAGCGGGUCACUUCCUGUUCAGAGAGGCUCAGAGAGCGGGUCACUUCCUGUUCAGAGGGGGCUCAGAGCUCCGGGUCACACGGAGCGUCUCCAGGAACCAAUCACAGCCCACAGACUUCUUUUCUUGGUACAAUAAAAAUAAUUAAAAUGAUGUCUGACGUUGCCUUUUCUGUGCAGAGAACGAAACUAGACGCUCAUAUUUGAAAGUCAAUGUGUCAGUAGGACAUAUUGCCCCUCUCUCUGACCAAGAGGAACUGGCCUGGUUGCACUAGAUCGGAAUUGUUUUGAAUCUCACAAAUAUGCACAAAUAACGUAGUUCGGUUUGUCAGAACUGUGUCGCUCUAUCACAGACAGAGACAGAAACAGAGACGGAGAGACAGAAAAAGAGACGGACAGAGACAGAGACACACGACCACUGAUGCAGCCAUCAAAUUUGUCCCACAGAUCAACAACAUGGUCAAUAUCCGUUAAAGGAAAGGUCAGAGGUCACCGGUGCCCCAAAUGU